CACAAACCCGAUAGGACAGGGUAUGCUAAAAGGAGGCCACCCAUUACACCACUCCCUUCUCUGACGCAUCGUCGGCUGGUGUCGUGCUCGUCGUUUGGCGACGCCAGAAGCACAACGCCGACUUGCGAGCCACAAGCAGUCGCCAUCCUUCUGCCUCUCCCCUCGGUUUGCCAAGACACUUCCAUCGGAUCCCGUGGGAUCUCUGCGCAAGCCCACUCCUUUUGUCUUCCGGCCAAAUCUUGUCGAACCGCUGGCCGCCGCCGCAGCAUGGCGAGCAGGAACACCACGCGGCUCUUGAAGCCUACUAGCAGCACGCAGAGCAUGUCCAGCGCGUUGUCACUGCAGCCAGCGCCGCUGACAAGCGCUACAUUCUCGCGCGCCGUGGAGGAGGACCUUGAGUCGCAAGCGCGUGCGUCGCUAAGCCUCUUCGGCUUCGGCUCGCAGGACUCGGUCAACUGGAGCGCUGUCAGCGCCAGCGCAGCUGCCGCGGCUGCAGCGACUACAGAGAACCCGGGGACGGGUGGCGCGAUUAAGGUCCGCGUCAUGGAGCGUGUAUGCCCCAUAGGCACGAACAAGUUCCUCUGGAACACUAUGAACUCGCUGGUCAACGGCGGUGAAGGAGGCGAUGACCCGGCGAGUUCGAGCGCAGACCCUGCAGCAUCAAACGGUAGCAACAAUAACGGCGUCAACGGCAGCGGGGCAUGGGAUAGUGACACCUCCGAUUGGGAUGCUGCAUCGUCGGCUGCUGGACUAGGCAACGUGUUUGCAUCGAAAGUGCUGCAGCAGUACCUUGUAAAAUGUGUGGCGCUGUUACCUUCGUCGAUUGAGGAGGUUGUCGAUUUGCUCGUGCGUUCCGACAGAGAAGAUAUGGAGCUGCCCAUGCAACAUCUUGUUGGUGUUCGCACGAGCGCGUCGGCCUUCAUUUAUCGCCGCAAGAAGAAGAAGCGUCUGCGUCGCAGCAAUAACAACACGAGCAACGGUACUAGUGACUUUAUGCCACAGCGAAUGGCCUCCCAGGCGUCGACACAAGACUGCGACAGCGAAUCAUCGUACUCGGACUCAGAUUUGGAAAGUGAAGAAGAUUUACAGCCUUUUACAGGUUUUAACCGAGAAUCCGCGACGGGGCGUGCUCGGGGCACUCGCGGUGAUUCAUUAGAGAUUGAUCGAUCAGGAGGCAAUGCAACCCCUACAAGAGCAACGAACUCGGGACCGUACUUGUCCCCUUCUUACAUGGAAGAUUAUCGUACAGCUAUGGCAACGUCGGGCCAUCAGGGAAAUCUCAGCAUCAAGUGGGUUAUCGGUGAAAAGUCAAGUCGGAUGUUUGCAUCGCGAACUACCUAUUGUCUCUUGGAUUACGAGUGCAUUUUGGUAAACGAUUGGGACGAAAAUGCGGACCCUUCGCCAAUGUACGUGCGCACGAUGCAAUCGUGUUACAGCCCACACUGUCAGCCAUGGCUAGACGAGAUAGGCUCUAGACCUACAGACCUUCAACCUACAGGCUUUAUGGUACGCCAAGCACGUGGUCGCGAUGGAUACGUGGAGAUUCAGUUUGUAGCGUCAAUUCUGGAGAAAGCACAGCUACCGAUGGCCUCUCGGCGGGCGAAACUGCGUGCAUUAUGCGCUAAAAUUGCACGACUGGAAGAGGUACUUACUAGUCGGCGAUUAUCACAAUCUCUACUCGUGAAUGCACCGCACUGGGUGCACAAUCGUGAACGGUUGGGAUGCCGUAUCUGUGACGCAAAGUUCGGGCUGUCACGUCGUCGUCACCACUGCCGUCUAUGCGGCGAAGUUUGCUGCUCGGAGUGCUGCCCCAAGAUGGACGUUGCUCUUCCUGACGUUGGAUCUACCAGUGUUCGUGUCUGUAUCGGAUGUGUCCAGAAGCGCCGAAAGAGCUGCGAGUCGGCGACAUCUGCAUCUAGUGCGUCAACAAUGGUAUCUUCGCUGUCACCAAUUAAAGGUGCUAGCCUAAACACUCCACCACCACCAGGCCACCCUGCACUACGCUCAGCUUCAUCAUCGCCAUCUGACUAUCACUUAUCGUCGUCGUCAAGCUACAGUUCCGCUACAAGCAGCUUCACUACCGCCAGCAGUCUAGGCGAGCGGAAACACUCCUUAGCGUCCUCAGUUUUCCAGAAAAUGAAGAGUAGCUCACUUAGUUAAGCUCUUCAUACAUCGCUACGUUGCCUCUUGGUUGUAAUUGCUCAGGAAAAAACUCGUAAAUUGGGUUGUUGGAGUCUUACGUGGUAGGAAAUCAGGAU